GUCGAGGGCGUCAUCGCGGUCGCUGGUUUGCAAUCUCAUACAUUUCGGAGAAUCGCACCCUCACUCCUCGUAUGUUUUUUUAGCUUUUGCUCUAAUCCUUGGUUAUGUUUCUUGCAGCAGCUGGGUUGACUUGAUCGGUCGGGUUUUGAGAGCGAAAUUUCGACUUGUAUGCAAUCUGCAACUGUUCGAUUGGAUGUCUGGGGAUUCGGGAUUGCGUCGGUGCGAUCGGUCGUGAAGUGGAGAGAAGGGAAUUCGCGAAGGGUGGUGGAUUUUGGGUUGCGGAGAAUAUUUGGAACUGGGGUUAGAAUUUAGGGUGUGGUGUUGGUGCAGUGGGGUUGGUACUGUUGAGUUGUUGCUGUGGAGUUAAGGGAGAGAGGAAGCAGGAGGAUGGAGGAGGGAGGAGGGAGAGUCAUGACAAUCUCGGAAGGGAAGCAGGGCGAUGAGGGGAUGGCAGGCGAGAGACGGGCUUUGGAUUCUCAGAAAAGUAUCAUCGAUGAAUCCAAAGAGGAUACGACACAGACACCAACGGGGAUGGAGCAAAUUCUUACGGCUGUGGCAGCGAGCGUGAUGCACAGCGCUUCGAGCAUGAGCAAGUGGAGCGUUGGAGACAUAACUCUUGGACUUUUCAAGCUGUUUAACCGACAUUCCGUGGAGAAGGCUGUGGAUACCAUCACUGGUGUCCCUGUUGAGCACAAGAAUGAACUAGAUGACAUGUUGGAAUGGUUAGGUUGGGCUACAGCGGCAUAUGAGGACAAGAAAUCAACACUUGCCUCUACCAUGAAGGUACGAGAAGAGGAUAUUGUGAAGCUAGAGGCCACCGCUUCAGUGCUGCAACCUGCUUAUUACAUUGUUGUACAUCGCCAGCGUAGAUGUGUGGUUAUGGGUAUUCGAGGUACCUAUACUGCCCAAGACGUGCUGACAGACUUAAGUACCCACAGCGAACCCUUUGAAGGAGGGUAUGCGCACUCCGGAAUGCUUUCAGCAGCACGAGGGUUGCUGAAUAGCGAAGGGCAGACUUUGCAUGAUGUUCUCCAAGAAAAUCCUGGGUACUCUAUGGUAGUCGUGGGGCACUCUCUAGGCGCGGGCACAGCUGCUCUGUUGUCUCUCUUGCUUCGGGAGACGGAAUCCAAACCAUCUGGAGAAGCUUCAAGAGUCUUAAAUAUUCCUCCUGUCAUGAUUACAUGUUGGGGCUUCGGUUGCCCACCGUGUGUUGACCUGAACCUUGCAAAUUCAUCCUCCUUCAUAAAAAACAUCGUGCUGCAGGAUGAUGUGGUGGCUCGUGUUACCCCGGCAGCACUGGAAGACCUGCGCUCGGAAAUGCAGCAAACAGACUGGAGUCAAGCCUUCAAGGAUGGGACCACCAAAAGACUAGUUGUGGAAAUGCUCCAAGCAACAGCUGAAAGGUUCCAACAGAAGGAGGUGUCUGCUGAAACACAACAGCUUUAUGAAAAAACGAAGAAUGUAGGAUAUAGUGCUCUUUUAAGUGCAGGGAAUACCUUACUUUCAAGGAUUUCCCGUACAAAACCUGCUGAUGUCCCGGAAUCCCAAAAGCCCAAUGUUUGGCUUACAUUGGGAGGUGCGGCUGCGACUAGUUUUAUCGCAGCAGCUACUGAUAGAGUUAAACGAGGUGUAAACGAAUCAUUAUCCACCAUAGAGAAGAGUGUUGAGGAGACAAACGAGGGAGAAGCAGCAGCUGUUCUUGCAGCCAAUGCAGCAACAACCACUUCGGAAAGCAAUCAGGACAUUCUGGUGAAAAGUAGACUUUUUGUUCCUGGAUUACUUUUUCAUAUCACCCGUGAACCUCUGAAUGAGAUGUACAAAUCUCCAGCGGAACAAAAUCAAGCAGAGCAGGAUCCAGCGCUCAAAACUCAAGUCAACCAGAAUCAAACCAAGCAGGAUCCAGCGCUCGAAACUGAAGACAAACAGAACCAAGCCGCUGAAGUUCAAGCAGGCCAGGAUCAAGCGAACCAGAAUCAUGGAGAAUCAAAGAAGGAAAGCCCAAAAAGUGACUCAAAGACAGGAACUGAGAAGAAAACUGAGACUCAAAAGUACACUUACACAGUCGUGAAAGGAACCGACACCAAUAAAUCUCGAUUUAGCCGCAUUGUGCUCUCAAGUUCGAUGUUAUCUGAUCAUAGCACCCCUGCAUAUCUUGAGGCUCUUGUGAAUGCCUUGAAAAAUGCUUCUAAGGGCACAAAAUGAUCACAAAAGAAAACAAUUGGUGUGGUCUACUAAUUUUAGAUAUUCAGAUUGUUGCUUUCUAAAGAAGAUGCAAAGGAAGAUUAGAUCAUAAUCUGAUAGGCAAGUGUAUUUUAGUUGAUGGAAUCACCCAGGAGGUACACUGUCGAUGGAGGGUACCCAAGUUCAUACUUGGUAUACCAACCAUUCUGGCAACAGUGUAUAAAGCCGAGUUCUCUUCCUGCUUGGUAGAAAUUGUAAAAUUUGCACACAUUGUGCUGACCUUUACCGAGAUAGUGUAUUUGCUUGAUUUGCCUUAUA